CUUCCCUCCCCUGCCUCCCGCCUUGCUCCCUGCUUGCUCCCCCGUCGAGUGCACCCCUGCAUCCUUCCCCUAUUCGCCACCACCAGCAUCAUGAUGCGCAUCGCCGUCGUCUUCGCUCUCCUCGCCUUGACAGCGGCAGUGGCCGAUCCCUAUCACCAUGACAGUCACUACACGUGUCCCAAGGGCUGGACCCUCAAGGGGGAUGGCAAGGACGCCGUCUGCUACAAGAAGACCACCACCCACGCCAAGGUGGGACACUCACGCACACGCGACAGGCGCAUGCACCCCUGGGGUGGCUUCGCGAGGGAAGGGGGGUAGAUCUGGGCAGAGAUCAUCAUCAGGGGGAGGCACGUGCAGUCAGGGAAGGCCAGUGGACGGCCUGGGAUGCACGCAUGUGGCCGGAUCUGUGUCCGUGUCUCGCUCAUGUGUGUCUGGUGGGGUGUGUGUGUGUGUGUCUGUCUCCUCCCUCACCCACCCUGCAGGAGGAGUGCCCCAAGGGCACCAAGCCGGAGGGCGGCUACCACAGGAGGAGGGGUGGUGUGGUCGCGGGUCUCCUCGGCAUCCUCUUCGGCGGCAGUAGCAAGGGCAAGUACGUCGAACUGACCUGGUGAGUGAGAGUGCGUGUGUGAGUGAAGGGCAUGGCAUGCACCCAUGCAUCAAGGCGACACCGGCAACCAAUUGGAUGGAUGUUCACAUGUCCGCUGCUCUCUCUUCCCCCCCUCCCUCCCUCCCUCCCUGCUUGCCUACAACAGCUACCGAUACGAGGAGCAUCCCGCUGAGAAGAGCAUGCACUGCCCCAAGGUGAGCGAGUACACACAAGCGGACAGGCACACUGGCGGAGAGGGGAAUGGUCUGUCUGUGUGGGGUACGGUACAGGUUUACGAGCAGUACGACCACGAGUGCAAGAAGACCUCCUAUGCCGAUCUCGACUCUUACUGCGAGAAGGGCUACGACAUGACCAAGGGCGGCUGCUACACCUACGAGUACAACGAGGAGGAGGUGGCCCACGAAGUCUACUGCCCAAAGGUGGGUGGACGGACGACUGAGUGGAUGACACAUUCGCCGCAAUGUGUGCGCGUGUGCUGCAGGGCUACACUGCCAGCUCCAAGGACGGCAAGUGCGAGAAGUGCUGGACGGACAAGAAGGAGACCCACUGCGACUACAAGAAGAUGAUGACCAAGUGCCCCAAGGUGAGUCGAGCGACCAGAGCGCAGCACAGACUACACCCACCUCACACACACACCCCACACCCAUUGCUGCACAUCGCACUCGUUUUCUCUCUCACACAGGGCUACGACGAGAGACACUACGGCAAGGAGUACAAGUGCGUCAAGUACACGGAGGAGAAGCAUGAGGGCCAGAUGUACUUCAAGUGCCCGAAGGGGUAUGAGCAGUAUGAUGACGUAAGUAUGAGGAGCGGGGGGGGGCAAGGCCAGCGGAAUGGAGAAUGGAAUGGAGGGCUCGGUUGUGCUGUGUGUGCCUCAGAAAUGCAUCACCUACCACACGACUGACCCUGAGUACGAGUGGCACUGCCCCAAGGGGUACAAGCUGUCUCGCGGCAAGUACUCCUACCGUGGCAAGAAGGGCCACCAUGAAUAUGUCUGCAAGGCCAAGAAGGAAGUCCACCCCGACUACCAUUGCCCCAAGGUGGUGAUGAAGAACAGACAGACGAUGGCCGUCACAUUCGCCUCGAUCAUCGACCGCUUGUGUGUGUGCAGGGGUAUGAGCUGCACAAGCACGAGUGCGUCGGCUACAAGGAGAUGCCCGCCAGGAAGCAACACAAGAAGGGCUACGGCUAUUAGAAGCAUGGCGCCACACAUAGCCGUCACUUGCGUGCGUGAUGUAUGAUCGCACCCACCCACACUCCCAUCGCACCGCUGACAUACACACUCACUCACACAAGGACUGUUCUCGGCUAUCGCACCAUUCGUCCACAUCUAUCGCACCACACACCCCCACCCCCUCACUCCGACACACACGCCUUCGUACGUACUUGGACAGGGCUUUCUGUCUGACUGAUUAGGUUAGUAAGGGUCUGGCUGUCUGGCUGUCUGUUUGUCUGUCUGCCUGGCUGUCACUCGGUCUGGUGUUUGGGUGCGUUUUAAGCUUUAUGUGGCUAGUUAGUACGCGGACGGGAGGGCGGGGGGAGGCAUAGUUCAUGUCAGUGUCUGCUCGUAGCGCAUGGGUGGCUUGGCUCUCAUCCGGCGGGGCCCCCAGCUAGCAAUGGCGACCAAUUAGGACACCCGUGUUUUUCUGUGACACACACACACUCGCGCAAUGACGUGCAUCGCCAUUUGCUCAAGGCGCACACAAAGAAGGAGACGGCAUUUCGGUGGUUUUCGGUUACUAUGUAGCAAGCAG